GUUAUCAACUGAAGGCGCACUAAAUUCAACACUUGUUUUAAUGAAGCUUUUAUACUUAUUACCAUUUUUAUUACUGUCGGCAGUCGCUGCCGACCUCCAGAUUGAAACCGUUCACGCUGUGCAAUGUGAUACUACUGCUCAGGCUGGCGAUUUGGUGUCGGUUCAUUACUCUGGUUUCUUGGAGGAUGGAACCAAGUUCGACUCUUCAUAUGACAGGAACUCACCCUUGUCAUUCAAGUUGGGCUCUGGUCAGGUGAUCAAGGGCUGGGAUCAAGGAAUUGUGGGUAUGUGUCCUGGAGAGAAGAGAAAGUUGACGAUUCCACCAGAGUUGGGCUACGGCUCCAGAGGAAUUGGUCCUAUUCCCGCCAAUGCAGUGUUGAUAUUCGAUACCGAGUUGGUCGAUAUUGCUGGUUUGCCAAAGGACGAGUUGUAGUUUUUAUUAGUGAUUAUAUAGAUAAUCAACAUCUUACACUUCAUAUGAAGACCCAAACAGGCUCAGCUAGUGGUUCAAACAUGAAAAUAGCUCUUGCUAUCCCCAACUGUAAAGCUAUUCUUCUGAUGUCCUUGAAACCUAUGGUUAGGGCGAUAUCUGUGGUAGCGAUAGAGGGGUUGCUAUAGGUUCUGAAUGGAGGACAUUCUCCUAUGGUGAUGCUUCCAGUCGUGUAGGUGGAGCUGGAAACCAGUCUUUUAUGAUAUCUCUUCCUUCUGACAUCUUCGCUUCUCACUUCACCACAACAAUUCACCUGUCCAGCGCUGGGUGCAAAAUCGCAUUUUUGGACUAUAUCCACAAACAGCUCCCAUGUUAUUAAUCAAUAUAUUUUUCUUGGGGUUGGCUAUUGCUGUCAAUGCUACACAGUACUUUGAGUGUCAAAUUGAAGACCCCAUCCAGUCCAUCGAGCUGUUUUAUGCCAUCUCCCACUGUGAGCUGAUCAAAGGAAACCUUGUAAUCGAGGAUUUAGAUGUCCCCAUUAUUGAAUUUAAACGGUUGCGGGAAAUCAACGGCGACUUGAUUAUCAGAAACUCUCCUGAGUUGGUUAGAGUCGAGUCCCCUAUCUUGGGAAAGAUAUCUGGCAGCCUCAAAAUGAACGAGUUGACAUCUUUGUCAUUAAUCUCAUUCCCCAGUUUAAAGUCCGUGACAGGACUUGACUGGAGAGUAAUUCCACUUUUGUCAAAUGUCAGGUUCAGCAGCGAAAUCUCUGAUGUUCAAGACAUCAUCAUCAGUGACACCUCGUUGACUGGCUUCUCGGGGUUUAGGGCCGAACAGUUGCAAACCUUGGAUAUCAACAAUAACCGGUUUUUGGAGGUCUUGAACUCAAACGUUGAAAACAUCAAUGGUAUGUUGCACAUUGCUUCCAACGCAAAAUCCUUGAAGUUGAACAUCCCCAAACUCCGCUCCGUCAAUAACGUCAGCAUCAACGACGUCGAAGAGCUCGACUUGUCCGCUUUGACUGAAGUCAAGGAGUCUAUGAGCAUAUAUAACAACAACUUCGAGGAGUUAAAGCUUCCAAACUUGGAAAGAGUUGGUGGUACUUUGUCAAUUACCAAAAACAGCCAACUAUCCACCAUAGAGUUAGAUAACCUUGAAGAAAUCAAUGGCGGGUUGAUGAUUAUCAACAACACCCAGAUCCAAAAGAUCGAGUUUUUGGCCAAUUUGACCAAAAUUGAU